AUGCCACCCCAGGUACCCCUCAACUGGGGCUCACUGCCCCUACUGCCAUCCGCAAUACGCUCUCUCGUUCCUCUCGUCCAGCACAAUGGCGCCACCCCGGCGCUCUCCUACACAAGCACUCGCGGCAUCAAGUCCACAUUUGGCCCUAAAAAAGACCGCUUCGCCCAUCGCCACGGAAAGCCUGCCCUCAACUCCACAUCAACAGCGGCAUUAGAACGGAAAGCUCACUCCACACCUCUGCGCACUGGUCUUCUGGCCCUCAAGCGCGGAAUGACCGCCCUCUACGACCAGGAGACGGGGAGGCGCACGCCUUGCACCGUCCUGCAGGUCGAUCGCAACGAGGUCGUCGCACUCAAGACGAGAGAGAAGAACGGAUACUGGGCUGUGCAGAUUGGCGCGGGGCAGAAGGAGCCAAGGAAUGUCACACGGCCGCUGUUGGGACAUUUCGCGCAAGCAGGUGUGAGCCCAAAGAGACAUCUAGCGGAAUUCAAGGUCAAAGAUGGGAGUGGGCUGGGACUGAGCGUAGGUGAGAGUGUCGGCGCGAAUUGGUUUGCGCCUGGGCACUGGGUGGACGUAAGGGCUAUCUCGAGAGGUAUGGGAUUCGCUGGUGGCAUGAAACGUCACGGCUUCAGUGGUCAACCCGCAUCGCACGGUAACUCGCUCACCCACCGCGCCAUGGGAUCUGCCGGAGGAUCGCAAGGAUCUGGUUCGCGUGUUUUGCCAGGAAAGCGCAUGGCUGGAAACAUGGGCAACGAGAGUGUCACAGUCAAGAACCUGAAGGUGCUGCAGGUCGACGAGAAGAACGGGUUGAUUGUAGUCACUGGCUGCGUACCGGGCCCCAAAAACCAGAUUGUGAAGGUGCAGGAUGCACUUGGGAAACCCUGGCCGAAGGGUCCUAUGAACAAUGCCGAGCUUGCGCCGAUCGUAGAGGCUGCAGAGCCGGUCGAGCAAGCCACUGCCACGGCAUAG